AUGGAGCCUUCGAAACUCGACAAAGAUUUCGAUUACGCGAUGCAAUUCACGCGUGUGCUGCUAUUGCCAUUGGGACUUUGGCCCGCAAACUGCAGGGUUUAUCAGAGGUUCGUGCGACCUGCUGCGAUCGCGAUAUGCCUGUUCGUCAUGCUGUUCGUAAUAAUUCCGAUGUGUUUAUUCAUCGCUUUCGUUACGAAGGAUUUGAAAAUACGCUUAAAAUUAUUCGGCCCCCUAGGCUUCAGUCUGAUGAGCCUGUUCAAGUACGUGAUGGUAAUCUACCACAAGGGCAAGGUUGCCGAGUGCAUACGGAGCAUGUGGCUCAACUGGCGGUCGGUGCGCGACGUCACCGAGCGCAAAAUCAUGAUGGACAACGUCAGGACCGGCCGUCUGCUCAUCGUCGCCUGCGGCUUCUUCAUGUACGGGGGCGGCAUGCCCUACGUCGCCGUGCUGCCGCUCACCAGCAGGCCGACUUUGCGCGGCAACCUGACCCUCAGGCCUCUCGCGUAUCCUAGUUACUUCGUGAUUUUUGAUCCGCAGGUGAGGCCAAUCUACGAUUUCGUGUUCGGGCUGCACUGCGUCUGUGGUCUCGUCAGGUACACGGUGACUUGCGGUAUCUACAGCAUCGCCAUCCUCAGCGUUAUGCAUAUCUGCAGCCAGAUAACCAUCACGCACAACAUGCUGAACAAGCUCGUAGAAAAUUUCGACUACCGGCUACUCGGCGACAUUGUCAGUCGGCAUCGACACUUGCUCAAAUUAGCCUCGAGGCUGGAGGAGAUUUUCAACGUGAUAUGCCUGUUCGAAGUGAUCGGUAGCACGUGCAUCAUUUGCUUCCUCGGCUACUAUCUGAUAACGGAAUACGAGAACAGAGAGAUGAUGGCCUUAAUAACGUAUUUCCUGCUGUUUCUUUCGUUCGUAUUCAACAUUUUCAUAUUGUGUUACAUCGGCGAGAUUUUAACGGAGCAGUGCCAGAGCAUAGGGAUAGCGGCGUACAUGACAGACUGGCACCGUCUUCCACAGCGAGAAGCAAAGAAUAUAGUGCUGCUGAUAAUAAGAACUCAACGCCCGGUGUACCUCACAGCUGGCAAGCUGUCCAAACUUUCGAUACUGAGCUUUUCCACUAUUAUCAAAGCAUCUGCCAGCUACCUCCACAUAUUGAGAACCGUGAUAAUACCCAAUCUAACGAUGUGACCGACUGUCGAGCCCUAGUAUCAAUGUAUC